GUAAAAAAUGGGGUGUUAAUAUUUCAGAGUAAACAUAUUUUAACCCAGAUAGAGUAUUUUCAACAUUUUGAAGAGUAAAGUUGCUCUAUCAGUGGAGUUAAAAGUGAGUGUAAAAAUCUACAGAAACGCAGCAUUUUCAACUAUACGGCAGUGAUGAAUACCCGCCAUUCUGCUGUUUUGCACAUGUUUGGCACGACGUCGGUGGAGGAAGACUGCGAUUGAGCGUUAUACCACUGAUAUAACUUGGGGCAAAAUGCUGUUGCGUGUUCAAUUCGGGGAAGAGCAGAAAUACGUCAAGCUGUCUGAGCUGACAUUCGAUGCUUUCUUGAAAGAAGCAUGUCUAAAAUUCAACAUACCAGAAAGCAGGCAGCCAGACAUUAAGGUUUAUGACCAGUCAGACACGGAAGUUGACACAGAGGUUUUUGAAGAAAUAGUGAAGGAGUCACCUGGAACUUUCAGAAUCAUGCUGGGCAAUGGAGGACUUGGUGCCUCUCAAUCAUCAUCAUGCUCGGGUACAUCUGAUGACACCAUCAUCCUGAAUUUAAUGAUGUGUGACCCUGUUGAAGAAGUAGCCGCUGACGAAGGAAGCCAGCCUAAAAGGCCAUGCCAUAUAAACUACGAGGCAAAAGCUUUGAUUGAAAAAAUCCUAACAUCAAAACCUGGUGGUGAACGCAUUAUGCAAGAGUAUGGAAAAACCAAAUCUCUGACAGAUGCCACCAGAAGACAGAUGAUUAACAUACUUGCUGCUGAGAUGACAGAAACACAUGGGACAUCCCCCCCCAAAAGUGUUAGAGUGAUGUAUGCACAGGGGAUAGUAGCCUUGUUUCCCUAUCUAGAAGACCCAUACUCACAACAUGGAUAUGAACAUUACUACGAUCCGGAGAGUGGUUCGGGAUACCUUGCAUGGCGAUUGAAGACCAUACAGAGAAAAUCAGCAGAGGAAAGAGGUGCCUCAGUCAGCAAAUCUCCUAAAGUUGGUGGGCCAGGCCGUGGUCGUCAGCCCUUCGCCAAUGACAGAGAGCUGUCUGAUGAGGAUGUGGAAGCAGCUAUUGCUGUUUUGAAACACUCUUCUGAUGAAAAGACUGUCCGUGAGAAGAUGAAAAUGACCUUCGUAUAUCGGCAAGCAAUGGUCAACGAUGAAGCCAAAUCAUCAGAUGUCUUCUUGGUCUUCCCACGAUUUCUGGACACACCAGGACUGAUAGAACAAGAUUUCAGACUUCUGUUUGGUGAGGCCACGGCCAACAAAUUUUUGGAGAAGUGGCCAACCACUUUCAAAGCAAAAGUAAUAAAGGAAAGCCAUGGACUUGUACCCACCACAGAACUCUUGGAUUUGAUGCGGAAUGCUGAGUCAGCUGCUGAAGUUGAGAAUGGCUGGGACAGUGACAUGUCUGCCAUCUUGCUGCUGCUACAUUUGCUACCACCAUCUGCACAAGGUAGAAAGAAGCCGGGAAAGCUGUCUGCAUAUCAAGCUGUAGAUCAGCUUAUCAGAUUUCAAAAGGUUGGAACCAGUGUGCAGCAGCAUCUAGACAACAUCACCCAAAGCAGUCAGCCCUACCUUCUCGCCCAGGGAUCCACACAAAGCACCAUUCACUCCUUCUUCAUUGUGGUCGACAAGAAAGCACUUCCAUGCAAGGCAAAAGGUUCAGUUGCCGCUUUUGAUGAACUCUUUAAAGCCCAUUACGUCUUUGGUACGUCAUACAGUUCUUCCCUAAGCAGCUUUUUCACUUUUGUGCAAACAACCAUCUAUAACAUCGACAUGGGGGAAACAAAGGAGACCCCUAGAGUUGCGGAGUUGCGAGCAAGAAUGGUGCGUUAGUUGAGAUAAAACUAUGAAGUGUUUUCUUUGCAAAAGUGACCAUGGAAGUCCAAACAACCUUGUUAAGCACUUUAAGGUAAUUCAUGGACUAUGUACAGGCAGGACUCUUUUUUUGAAGUGUGGUCAAGAAGGAUGCUCACGUUCUUUUGGUAGUUUUUCAGGUUUAAGAAAGCAUCUUAAUAAGUGCCAUGGAAGCAGUUUAGUUGAUUCUGUGGAAUCUGAUCUUUCAUAUCCUCAAAGCACCAUCAAUACAAGUAAUGUUUUUCAUGUUGAAGAGUCGACUGAAGAGUUAGAGGCCGAGUCACAGUUAUCUUCGCCAUACAUUGUAAAUAGUUGUUCAGCUGUAAUUUCUGAUCUAAAGGCAGCAGGUGUUGCUCAAAGUACACUGAAUUCUGUAGUGACUUCCAUGGAAGAGAUUGUUCAAGAUAUCCAUCAGCAUGCUAAAGAGACAGUGAUAAAGCAUGUAUUUAGUAAUGAAAGAGAAACGGAAAUGUGCAAGAAAGUUGAGGCGUGUUUUGAGGGGUUAGAGAAUCCUUUCACAAUUCUAAAUUCGGAAUACAAACGAUCAAAAUUUAUGACUGACAAGUGGGAAAUGGUCGAACCAAUUGAAUGUGUGAUUGGUUCAAGAUUUGACACAAGACGAAAUAAAAAGACUGGAACAUAUGAUCAGGUAGUAGUUCAAGAUAAAUUCAUGUAUAUUCCAAUUUUAUCUACACUGCAGUCAAUAUUUAAAAGUCCAUAUGUUGCAGAAAUGUUGCAACGCUCAGCAACCAGCGACUCUAGACUGAGAGAUAUUUGUGAUGGAUCUUUUUUUAAAAGUCACCCCCUGUUCUCAACUGAGAAGCAGACAAUACAGAUCCAGAUGUUCUAUGAUGACUUUGAGGUCGCCAACCCUCUGGGUCCAAAGCGAGGUAUUCAUAAAUUAGGUGGAGUAUAUUUUACUUUAAGAAACUUCUCUCCAAAAUGGAAUUCUUUUUUAGCUAACAUACACCUGUGCGCCUUAUUUCAUGCUCAAGAUGUUAAACGUUAUGGUUUUAGUGAAAUUUUUGCUCCCAUUGUUCGAGAUAUUAAAGUGUUAGAGAGUGAUGGUAUUGAGAUUCCAUUAUACAAUGGUUUUGUUCGUGGCACUGUAGUGCAGGUUACUGGUGAUAAUUUGGGAUUGCAUUGUUUGUUUGGUCUAGUGGAGUCUUUCAGUGCAAGGUACUGUUGCAGGUUCUGUUUAGCGGAAAAGGAGGACUUUCAGACAGAAUUCUCUGAAGACUCUUCCAAAAUAGUUUUGCGCACCAAAGAUGUACACACUGCUCACUGUCAAGAAAUGGCUUGUAAUCCAUCCCUUCCCUACGUUUUUGGUGUGAAACGUUCAUGCAUAUUAAAUUCAUUGGAGUAUUUUCACACAACAGAGAACUUCUCAGUUGAUGUGAUGCAUGAUGUGUUAGAAGGGGUGGGCCAGUACGAAUUGAAGUUAUUAUUUCUGUAUUUGAAGGAAAAGCAUGUUACAUCAGCAGAAAUACAUUCAAGAAUACAAAGUUUUGAUUAUGGUUUCAUGGAGAGAAACAACAGACCUGUAGCUGUUAAUUUAAGUGAAGGAUCUAAUGAUCUAGGACUGAAUGCAUCUCAGUCCUGGUGCUUACUUAGGAAUGUUCCUCUUAUCUUUGGAGAUUUGUUUACUUCUACUGACCAACACUGGAGCCUGCUUCUUUUACUUCUUCAAAUAAUAAACAUCAUAUUCUCGCCCAUGUUAUCUCAAGGUUUAUGUGUAUAUUUAAAACAUUUAAUUGUGGAUCACCACACACUGUUUAAAAAGUUGUAUCCUCAGAAAAACCUUUUACCAAAGCAUCAUUUUCUUGUCCACUAUCCCCGCUGCAUACAGAAAAUUGGGCCUGUCCUUCAUAGUUGGUGUAUGAGGUAUGAAGGCAAGCAUAAUUUUUUCAAAAAACAGCUUAAAUCGUUUAAAAAUAUUACCAAAACGCUUGCAAAAAAGCAUCAGUUUCAUAUGGCACAUAGUUGGCGAAAUUCAACAACUUUUAGUCGGUUUGACAUUGGUCCAGGAAAAAUGGUGUCUUUAAAUAUGGUAAAAGGAGGUUCUGGAAUUGCUAUGGCAAUGCAAGUGCCCAUUAGCAUUCAGGUUAUGAAGGUUAAUUGGGCUAAACAUAAUGGGUUUGUUUAUCGACCAAACUUGGUUAUCUGUGGGAAAGUUGAAUCUGAAGUCCCCGUGUUUUAUCAGAUUGAGUCAGUUCUGAUAAUGUUUGAAAAACUGUUGCUACUCACAGUGCCUUUAGUUACAGUAACUUUUCAAGAACAUUUCCAUGCUUAUGAGGUGAUCAAAUCAAAGCAGGAUUAUGUUUUUUUUCAUGUCGACAACCUGCAUUACCCUAGGCCUUUUGACAUACAAAUGUCAUAUGGAGGGAAUGACACAACUCUCCUCAUCGUGCCAUAUUGCUUUCUCUGGUAAACAUUUUUAUGAUGAAGAUAUGUUUCUGUCAGAGACAAGGCAAUGGGUUUGCAAUGUAAUUUCACUGACAUUGUAAUGCUUUCUUUUUUUUGUUAAAAUAAAUGGUGAGUGCUGUGAUCUA